UUUCUGUCGACAGUCGGGGUGGAGGGGGCUAGGAACUGUAGUCAGGCGCUGGGUGGUGGGAGGGGGAUUGGGGUGGGGGCUGAUGCCAGUGGCGCGGAUCCCUGCGCGGGGGCGGGGCAGGGCCCUAGGCCCUCUCUCCCCCUCCCUCGCCCCCCUCCCUCUGUCCCCGGUUGGCGGAGGAACGCCGGAGCUUCGCUCUCGCUUCGGCUGGUCGUCCCCCCUCCCCUCCCCCUCUUUCCUCCCCCGCCCUCUUCCCGUCGAGGCGCUUCCCCUCUCCCGCCGCCCUAUGGCGAGAGGGAGACCCCUGCCCAGCCCGGCAGGAGGAGAGGCACCGGCGGCCUUGGGCCGGGGGGCGCCAUGGGCCUGAGCCGGUGACGGGCACGGACCGUUGGCCCCCGCGCGCCGGGCAGGAUGAGGCGAUAGCGGAGCACCGGAUGCCCCCAGUCGCCGGCGUGAAGCCUACUGCUCUGCCUGGGAGGAGGAGGAGGAGGAGGAGGAGACGGAAGAGAGGAAGGUAGCUGUGUAAAGUUGGGUGGCAGGCAGAUCCAGAGGGUAUCAUGAAGUUUCCAGGCCUCUUGGAAAAUCAGAGAUUAUCUUUCCUUCUGGAGAUGGCAAUCUCUAGGGAAGCCCAGAUGUGGAAGGUUAAUGUGCUCAAAAUAUCUACCAAUCAGCAGAGUGUUUCUCCAGCCCAGAGGGAUGCGGUUGUCCGGUGGUUAGCCAAGCUCAAGCAUCAAUUCAACCUUUACCCAGAAACGCUGGCCUUGGCAAGCAGUCUUUUGGACAGAUUCUUAGCUACCGUCAAAGCCCGUCCAAAGUACUUAAAUUGUAUUGCAAUCAGCUGUUUCUUCCUAGCUGCCAAGACCAUUGAGGAGGAUGAGAGAAUUCCAGGCCUGAAGGUGUUGGCCAGAGAUAGUUUCUGUGGCUGUUCUUCAUCUGAAAUUCUGAGAAUGGAGAGAAUCAUUCUGGAUAAGCUGAAUUGGGACCUUCAUACGGCUACCCCAUUGGAUUUCCUUCAUAUUUUCCAUGCAAUUGCAGUGUCAACCAGGCCCCAAUUAUUGGUUGGCUUGCCUAAACUAAGCCCGUCUCAGCACAUGGCAGUCCUUACAAAGCAACUCCUCCAGUGUAUGGCCUGUAGCCAGCUUCUGCCAUUCAAGGGGUCCAUGUUAGCGCUGGCUAUGGUCAGUUUGGAGAUGGAGAAGCUCAUUCCUGAUUGGCUGGCUCUUACAAUUGAGCUGCUUCAGAAGGCACAGAUGGACAGUGGCCAGCUGAUCCACUGUCGGGAGCUUGUGGCCCAUCAGCUUUCUGUCCUCCAGUCUUCCCUGCCUCUCAAUCCUGUCUAUGUCUACCACCCUCUCAAGCACAGCCUGGCAACCUGCGACCGAGGAGUGUGCAGAUCACACUCCUCCUCUUCUCCAGGCCCAGAUCUCUCCAAGGACAACAGCAAACCAGAAGUGCCAGUCAGAGGUACAACUGUCUUCUACCAACACCUGCUAGCCACCACUGGAUGCAAGCAUGCCUCUGCUAAACGCAAAGUGGAAGAAAUGGAAGUAGAUGAUUUCUAUGAUGGAAUCAAGCGUCUCUACAAUGAAGAUAAUGCUUCCGAAAACAUGGGUUCUGUGUGCAGCACUGAUUUAUCAAGGCAAGAGGGACAUGCUUCCCCUUGUCCACCUUUGCAGCCUGUUUCUGUCUUAUAGUAACAGUAUGUAUUACCUCUAAGUAAACUUGAGGAAAACUACUCUGGGAAUAGAAACAUGCGAAACCAAGCAAAGAUGUAUAAGGGGCAUACCUUAUCAGACUGAACUGAAGUGAGCCAGAAAACCUUGUAUUCCUAUGCGGCUAAUUCACCUAUUAUUUAAGCACUUAAAACAUUGAAAAAAGUAUAAAAAAUAUAAAAAAAUAUAAAAAAUCAAACAAAAAAAGUAGCAAAAAAUUUCUUUCUAGUUCCGGUUCUCUGCUGAAAUUGAAUGUAACUUGUCCAUUUCAAAGUUCAUAUUUACUAUUAAAAAAUUCAAAAUUUAUUAGCCAGAUGGAGCCUAACAAUCUGAUUUCCAUUUCUUCUUGCUUCAGCCUGCUCUUUUCCUUAACUUAGCCUUGUGCAUGUUGUUUUGUGCUUUGACCUCACAUCAGAAAAUUGUUUCAUUAAGCUCUUUGGUGUUCAAAGUUGUUUAAAUGUGACAGAUGACCCAGAUUUGGAUUUUGCCUAAUCUGAAAAGGAAGGGCCCUUUUGCACUGUUGCUCAUGUGCAGGAAGUGCUAGCCAAGGUGCACACAGGUGACCAUGUUGAUUAGAAUUUCAAUAGGGAUGUAAAAAAUGUUGAAUCAUUUGGAUCUCUUGACAUUGGAAACUAAAUUAUUGUUUAAAAUUUUUUUUAGUCUUUAAAGUGAAACCUAAAAGUAAAAUGUGAUUAGGGCAAUCUUGAUUUAGAUUUCUAAAAGUCACUUUUGGAAUUUGUAAAAGAGUCUGUGAUAAAGUUAUUAAUAUUUUGGGGAUGCCUCAGAUAAACUGCUAUUUUGUAACCAAUCAUACUUUUCACUUGAUUAUAAUCAGUAAGAGAUGCUGCUUGUCUAGAUGUUGGAGCAGUCGUGCGAUUUUGAAUCUUGAAUGUGUUUAUUAUCAACUUUAGUACCUAAAGUUUUGUUGUUUUAACUAAAAAAAAUUCUGAUAGCUUUUCCCCUUCCUAUGUAUUAUCUCUUAAUGACCCCUUCUGGAUCUUGAGCUCUCUCCACAGUCUGAAGAAGGUAUUGCACUCAAAACCAUUGUACUGAUGAAAGCCUUCUGGUAGCAAUAAAAAAGUUGUCCUUGC